UAGCAGGUCACGGUGCAGCACCACUAACGUUACACAUCCGGUUCCGCCUCGCAGCAGCACUUUAGCGUUAUGUUGGUUACGGUGUCGGCGGGAAGUUGUUAUCAUUAAUUUAACCUCAAAUCAACAAUAACUAAGUGGACGAAAUUGUUAAAAAUCGAAAGUUUCUAAUCGAAUAUUGAUGGAUCUGUAAGUGGAAAUUCGGUAACUAUAAACCAAGAUUAGCGGCGUGGGAGACAGCUAACAUGGCUAACGUCGGAAACCAGCUACCAACACAGGCCGUUAGCAAGCCUGCAUCAGGAAAACAUGGAAAUGUAUUGCCCCUGUGGGGCAACGAAAAGACUAUGAACCUCAACCCAAUGAUUCUUACCAAUGUGCUGUCUUCGCCGUAUUUCAAAGUGCAGCUUUAUGAGCUAAAGACUUACCAUGAAGUUGUGGACGAAAUCUAUUUCAAGGUGACUCACGUUGAGCCUUGGGAAAAGGGAAGCAGAAAAACUGCAGGCCAGACUGGAAUGUGCGGAGGGGUACGUGGAGUCGGGACUGGUGGUAUUGUGUCUACUGCUUUCUGUCUUCUAUACAAACUGUUUACUCUCAAGCUGACUCGCAAACAGCUGAUGGGUCUCAUCACGCACACAGACUCUCCAUACAUCAGAGCACUUGGCUUUAUGUACAUCAGAUACACUCAGCCCCCAAAAGAUUUGAUAGAAUGGUACGAUGGCUUCCUGGAUGAUGAGGAGGAGCUUGACGUGAAGGCAGGAGGUGGCUGUGUGAUGACCAUUGGAGAGAUGCUGCGCUCCUUCCUGACCAAGCUGGAGUGGUUCUCCACUCUGUUCCCACGUAUCCCAGUGCCUGUGCAGAAGAUUAUUGACCAGCAGAUAAAGGCGAGGCCUCGUAAGGUUGCUCAGAAGGAGAGACAGGAGGACGAAGCUGCGUUUUCAGAGUCGGGGAGGCAAGGGGAGCGGCGCCGCUCCAGGACACCCAGGCGAACGCCAAGCCCUCGAAGGUCACCCAAACGGUCAAGAAGCAGGAGCCACCACCGCGAGAGAGACCGCCACGGCCCCAGCUUUGAUCGAGAGCUGGAAAGGGAGCGAGACCGCCAGAGGAAGGAGAGGGAUGGCAAGGACCGGGAUAGGGACAGAGGGGACAGGGAGAGACAGUGGUCCCGCAGCACAGACAGGAACCAAGACCGUCGAGAACGCAGAAGAAGUCGCAGCGGCAGCCGGGACAGAAGGAGCGAACGCAAAGACAAAGAAAGGGAUGGCGGGGAUGACAGGAGCAGGAGGAAGGACAGGGAUCACCAUAAAGAUAGAGGAGUUGAGAGGGAGAGAUCCAGGGAUAAGAAGAGCAGGGGAGAGACUGAUGAUAGAAGACAUAAAGAUGACAGGGAUAGGCACCGAGAAGACAGGAAGGCCAAAAGGUCAAGCCGGAGUCGAAGCAGGGAGAGAAGGCACAAAACUGGGGGUGAGGAGAAAAGCAGGAAAAGAGAGCGCAGCCACAGCAGAGAGAGGGACAGGGAGCGAGACGGAGAACAACGUUCUCACAAACGUAGUUGUAGCAAAGAGAGGAGUCAACAUCAGCGCGAGUCUAGUAACGACCAGAGUAAACACAGUGAUCGCAGAAGGAGUCAGAGCACUGAGUAAAAGGUGACCUUGCUGCAAUAUUACUUCUACUCCUGUGUUGUUCUUCCUUUUUCUAUCCAGUUGUCUGGUCUGUCACGUGUGCUAAAGAGAAGGAAUGCUACCACAUCGUACAUCUGGAGUUGUCGUCUUUGGCCAAUGUAAUGUUGCUUUAUCUUUGUUUUUCUGCCUUUUUCACUCCCUGUUUAGACCAUUGUUAGUCUUCACUUGAAAUAUGAAAAGUGGCAGAAAUGGCAUUUUAAUUUUCUUUGGUUAUUUUAUUUUAUUUUUUGCCACAGGAUAUGGUUUGUACAUAAUGUUAGAAGGCUGUCUACACAUAAGUGGUCAGAGUUGCAUUCGCUGCUGGGCUGGGCACGUCACUGCUAAAAAGCUCAGCUCAAUACUGUCAUAUAAAUUUUAAAGAGCAGCUUUUAAGUUUACGCUGUACAAAUGCCAAUACAUAAAUAUUAUGGUGCAUAUGUCCAUAUUAUUCAUGUUUAAGCCUCUUUAUCCACUGGUUUCUGAUCAAACAUGCUUUAAACAGUCCAAAGACAAUGGUUCAAGUUCAGAAUCUGAGCAUAGCUGCGAUGUGCCUCGACAAUGGCUCAAGCGAGCGCAAAGUAAUUCUGUCUGAUUGUGUGUAGACAACCUGAGAAGGUUUUAAUCCUCUAAAGGGCAGCCUGCAAAGGGUAAUUUUUACCACACACACUUGAGCCCUGCUUGUGCUGUGUUUUGGUUAUUGCUCUGUUGCAUUUUCUAAUAAAACACUUUUCCGAACAAGUAUUGUUCU